UUUUUGCAGUUGGUAUCACUGAUUUGUAAUGGUUGAAAAUUAAAAUGGUUGAUCUUUGUAGGAGUUGAGUAGUGUUGAGUGUUGAAUGUGUAGAUAAACGUCGUUUGUUAUUGGGUGUUGGGGUUAUUUUAUGCCAAGGGAGAAUGGUUGUUGGCGACAUUGGCAGUGGCAAAGGCGGCGGAGGCGGGGUCGCCGAAGGGGGCGGGGGCGGAGCCAAGCGGGAGCCGCUGGUGUGCUACUGCGAGGGCCACUGCCCCAACCCGGAAGUGUACAACGGCACGUGUGAGGCGCGCGAAGGCUCGCAGUGCUUCAGUGCCGUAGAGGAGGUCUACAACUCGGACACCAGGACGUACGAGCCCGAACGCACCUAUGGAUGUUUGCCGCCUGACGAACAGGGUCUCAUGCAGUGCAAAGGCUACCUGCCACCGCACCAAGUGGGCAAGUCGAUAGAGUGCUGCAACUCGGGGAACCAGUGCAACAAGAGCCUGAAGCCAAUGUACCAUCCUCGCAGCACUGUACCUCCGCCUCCCUCCUUCAUCUUCAAGGAGGCCCUUCCCUUCGUGCUCCUCAUCUCUGUCACUCUACUCUUCUUCAUAGUCUUCCUCUUAAUCAUCUCUUUUUUCUACUUCAGGUUUAAGAAAAGAGAAGAAAAUCGACAAUCGUAUCUGAUGAAAGAUCAUAGUAAUGCCUAUUCUGUUAAACCCAACAAUCAUCUAACUGAUAGCAUAGAAGCAAGCUCAGGAUCUGGAUCAGGUCUACUACUUCUGGUGAAGCGCACAAUAGCCAAGCAGAUCCAGAUGGAGAGGCUGGUGGGUAAGGGGCGGUUCGGGGAGGUGUGGCUGGCCAAUUGGAAGGGGGGAGAUGUGGCCGUCAAGGUGUUUGUCACCACUGAGGAGGCCAGCUGGUUCCGCGAGACUGAAAUUUACAGAUCGGUGCUUAUGCGACACGAAAAUAUACUCGCGUUCAUAGCAGCCGACAUCAAGGGCACAGGCAUGUGGACACAGAUGCUGCUGAUCACUGAAUACCAUGAGUUGGGUUCGCUACACGACUACCUGAAGACGACGGUGGUGGACCCGUCGGCGCUGCUCAGCCUGGCCUUCUCGGCGGCCAGCGGCCUGUCGCAUCUGCACACCGAGAUAUUCGGCACGCAGGGCAAGCAGGCCAUCGCGCACCGCGACAUCAAGAGCAAGAACAUACUGGUCAAGCGCAACCGCGAGUGCGCAAUCGCCGACUUUGGCCUAGCCGUUAGAUAUAAGAGUGAGACGAAUGAGAUAGAUAUUGCAGCCAAUACACGAGUGGGAACGAGAAGGUACAUGGCUCCUGAAGUUCUCGAUGAAUCAAUUGACACAAAAAUGUUCGACGCGUUCAAAAGUGCAGACAUGUACUCUAUGGGUCUCGUGUUCUGGGAGAUGUGCAGACGGUGUGCGACAACAAGAGGCAGCGACAAGUGGAACAUGCAGGCAGAGGACUACGCGCUGCCCUAUCAUGACGUGGUCCCCAGUGACCCCUCCUUUGAAGACAUGUACGAAGUGGUGUGCGCCAGGAAGCUCAGGCCUGUCAUUCCACCCAGGUGGAAUGAGAAUGAGGUGCUAAGGACACUUUCGAAUUUAAUGCAGGAGUGCUGGCACCAGAAUCCAGCCGCUAGACUGACGUCACUUCGUGUGAAAAAGUCUCUUUGUAAAUUAAAAGGUGACACGGGCAUAAAAAUAAUUUAGUGAACCAACUUCGUACUUAUCCUAGUGUUUACUAUUUAACAAACAACUCGUGUGAACGUUCUAAUGAAUAAUAUCCUGUUGAAAUAGGAGAUGGUUUCGUGACUUGCAAAGUAUACUAAUUUUGACUGACAAUAAUUCUAAUCAAGAUUGAUUUUGAAAUAUUAUCGCAUCUUAAUUCAGUGCACAUUAUAUGUGUUUUAUUUAUUUAUACAAUAAUACAUUUUUUAUACUUAUAUGCACAUGCACCACAGGCUGAUAUCCAAAACUGUCCCUUUUUAAAUCGAUUUUGUUCAUUAAUCAACUUGUUUAUUGAUGAGUUACAGUACCUGUUCUAUUGACAAAAAGUAUGUUAAUUUUAUCAAAUUAUUACGCUUUUAUAAAUAUUUUCUAUAAAUACUCUCAGUUUUGAAUCAUCAUUACUAUGUUCUGAUAGUGAAUUUGUGAUUCUUUUCUGGCUCAAAAUUUUGCAGAAUUACUAAAAAAUUUCAAAUUUGUAGAGAUUUUAGUGGAAUAUUUUUGGUUUUAAUUAGUGUUUGAAGAUAAAAAUUUAAAAUUUGUAGUUUAGUCAUUAGUUUUGGAGUGGAAAUUGGACUUUUUGAAGUGAGAAGUGAGUCAUAACCUCAUUCUUUUUUGAAACUUUUAUUUGUAAAAAUUUGGGAGAAGACAGUUUUGGGCUAUGCCUGUUGUCUUCUCCCAAUCAUAUUAUAUUGUAAUCAUGAUUUGUGAAGAUCAAUUAAAUAAAUUAAAUUAAAUUCUAUCGUAGAGAAAGGGGUAAGGAUGAGAACUUGUGAUAUGUUACCUCCCAACUAAUCCGAACAAAGCUGCGAAGUCAAAUAAAAUAUAGUGUUCCAAAGAUUUACUCCAAAUUUCUCUGUCAACUGAUCUAUUGUUAUUUAACUAACGAUUUUACACUCAGCAUUAUAACUGACUCAACAAUCGUAGGGAGUUCCUUAACAAAUUGGAAUCAUACAUUAAAUUGAAGAGAAUUUAGUGCUCCAUGAGCUCAUAAUAUGCAUGGAUUUUUUCAGUCAAUCGUUAAAAAGUUAUAAGGCCAAAAAAACUGAGGCAAAAGCGGUUUUCUUUAAAAUAUUACACCUUCUAGAGCAUAUCUAGAAAACUGAAAGAUAUGGAUUAUCAAGUUACAGCUUGUUUAUUGAUGAGUAACAGUACCUGUUCUAUUGACAAAAAGUAUGUUAACUCAUUUGUAUGCAAAUUUUUAAGCUUUACGUAUUUGUCGAAAAGUCCGUAAGACUAAUUUUGUUCGAGAUAUAUGCGAAAAACCAAAAUAUUUGACAUUCAAACCACCCCUACCCCUUAGCUCAUGGUGUUCUAAUAUAUAUAAUUCAUAUAUGCAUGAAUAUGGCCCUAUAGCUCUCUCGUAAAACUUUGUUUUAAUUAACUCCAUUAAUUAAAUCAUUAAUCUGAUUUCAAAACAAAUUUAUGUUUGAAUUAUUCCACUGAGUGCUUUUCAGUCAUGAAACCAUCGUUGAAAAAUUAGAUAUAAAUUGUUUCGAAUAUCAAUAUUAGUUUUCAUUUCAUGGCGACGGUAUUGUUGUAAUUGAAUGAAAACAAAUAUUACACAUACAUAUGUUAUAUAUGUGUUCAAAAAAUAGAAAAUCAAUGUUGUAAAUAAUUGAAAGAGUUCUAUUUAGAUGCUAAGCUAAUUCUAUAAAUACUGUAAAUAUUGUGUAUAACAAGUAAACCAUGUAAGAUCGUCCAUGUAUCUAUAAUCUGUACAGUAAUUGUAAGAAUAGUGACCUUGAAUAUUAUGAAAAUUGACUUCCAGUAAACUUAAUAUUCUUAGAACCUUUUUUGGUUGAUUUUCAAAAAUGUAGUUGUACCUGGAUCUAGGUUUUAAUAUUCUAUUAGAUUGUAAUAAAAUUGAACGAAAAUCUUGAUUCAAUCAAACAAUGAACAUGAAAGUUGUUUUAAAAUGUAUUGAUUGCAAAUAAUGUUUCUGAAAAUAUUUUUCAUGAACAAUGUAUUUCGUUAUUUGAGUCGUUUUAUCAGUGUGUUUGUAACCUACAGCAUAAUUGUCUGUUCUUCUUUGUAUCCAGUAUUACAAUUAGUAUUAAUUUUCUAUUGGAACUCAUUAUUUUUAAAUUUUAUGUAAAUUUGAAAAGAUUACAUUUUUUCAGUGAAGUUGAGUAUUCAAAUUUUAAUAAAUUAUUAAUUAAACACUGUUAUCACUGAUUUAAAAUUGCCCCAUAAUGAAAUAAAAACACAAUUACCCGGUUGCACAAAUGUGGGUUAAAAUUUAACCGUGAUUUAUUUUACAAGAACCAAUCAGAGAAGCCGUCUCUGAUUAAAAAGACCUUCUCUGAUUGGUUCUCGUGAAAUGAAUCACAGUUAAAAUUUAACUGGCUUUUGUGCAACCGACAAUGUAUUGUCUUUUCUACUUGCAUAGUUUUAAUGAUGACGAUGCCUUGAACAUUGAAAUUUGAGUUUUGUGUCAAUAAAUCAUUUAAGC